AUGGAACCUCAUACCUCUCUACAGGGUUGGCAAGCGCAUGUAUUCGGUAAUUUUGUGCACACCGCGAUCUGCAUGACCAUUAAGUUUGCUGUGGGUGGCCCAUUCUCCUUGUUAUCACUAGCAUUACGAGGACAAAACCCUGUUUGGAAAUAUCUGGAAUCCAAGGAUCACAUACCUGCAAAGAAUCGGGCCGAAGCCAUUAACACACCGAGGAUCGUCGUCGAUUCUAAUGGACCGGAUUACCGAGAUGCACUGCCGCCCUCCGCUGGAGAAGUCCGCCCACCGUCACGAUCACCGUGGUUCGUCGUUGCUCAGAAAUGGUAG